CCUGCCUCCUCCUACGAUUUGCGGAUGACACCUACACGGACAGCUACAUUAGCACCAUCGGAGUGGACUUCAAAAUCCGGACCAUCGAGCUGGAAGGAAGGACCAUCAAGUUGCAAAUUUGGGACACGGCUGGCCAAGAGCGCUUCCGAACCAUCACCUCCAGCUACUACCGAGGCGCGCACGGCAUCAUCAUUGUCUACGAUGUGACGGACCAGGAAUACGCCGACUCGCUGGCCGUGCCCUUCCUGGAGACCAGCGCCAAGAACGCCACUAAUGUCGAGCAGGCUUUCUUGACCAUGGCGGCCGAGAUCAAGAACAGGGUCAGCAGCGGCCCGACGCAGGACAGCCACAAAUCGGCCGUCCACAUCCAGAGUGGCCCGUUACGGCAAGACGGCGUGGGGGCCGGCGAAGACGCGGGCAGAGGAUGCUGCUAAGAGGCCGCCGUCCCUGGAGGGCAGAGUUUGGGGUGUGUGUGUGCCUGGGAAGGGGGCCAUGCCAGCCCUGGGAAGACCCCCACCUCGCCUGCAGACUCGGAAUCUCAAAAUGGAGCAUCUGAACAUAACAUGACUUUCGGCGCCGGCUUCAUUCCACUUUUCUGGACCUUUGUCCAGAGGGCUGACCACUGUCCUGUCUAGCCGUGGUCAUCUUGCCCUCCAGAAAGCAGCCAAGUUGGAGCACACAUUCAGAAGAACCUCACAGUCCCUACUCCCUACAGCACAGGUUUCCUGCUUCAGCAGGGGGUUGGACUAGAAGACCUCCAAGGUCCCUCUCAACUCCGUUAUUCUGUUAUACAUACCGCAUGCCCUCCGUUACAUUUCGCGUUGGGGAUCGCAGCCCACUCCUCUUGUUUCUUUCAACACCGCCCCCCCGCACCUUAUUUCAUGGUUGAAGACCCUUAGGGGACCCCCGAAAUGAUAGUCACCCCUCUUCUCUCCACCCCCUUUCCUUGGGGGGGGGGCAGUUUUCUCCUCACUUGGGGGGACAGAAAUCAUAUGGCAAAUAUUUCUCGAUAGUUCUAACGGCCGUAAUCCCCUAAUUCGGGAAUGUUUUGAAUUUGCUCUCCCCUCCACCCCUUUUCCAUCAUUUGCCAGCUUCCCUAGGAUUUAAGAUUCCCUAAGGGAAAAAAGCUAAGGUUUUGAAUUAAAAAAUGGUAGGAAUGCAUGGUUCUACUUAACAUACACCAAUAUUUUUUUCAAGCUAGGCCAUUUCCAGAUGUGUGGACUUCAACUCCCAGAAUUCCCUGGCUGGGGAGUUCUGGGAAUUGAAGUUCACACAUCUGGAAAUGGCCUGGCUUGAUUUUUCUAGUGUAAAUAUGCCCCAAAACUGAAGCGCCACCAAAUUUAUGGGAAGAAUAUCGAUUCAGAAAACCCCAGAAUUCCCACAAACCUUUUCUUGGUAAUAAAAGUCCUAAACUCAGCAAGAUAAAUACAAGCCAGGGGAAAAAAAACAGAUAUUAAAUCCCUGUUCAGCAGAUCUACAAACCUCAGAUUCACACAGCUUUUGAAUACUAACAUAGCCUUUGUUUUUAAACCUACAAACCCCUUUUCCUGGGUAUUUUUAUCCCUGCAUCACAAGGGUGCAAAGAAAGUCAUUUUAGUCAUAUUUAGGUUUUUAUUUCCAGCUCACUUGCCCUGUUUUUUCCUGCCUCCAAGAAAUCAUAGGACUGAAUGAGUCAGAGAGUUUUAACUUCUCCCCAGCAGAGUGACUUCAUGGCUUGUUUAACCUCCUUGUUUUAAAGAGAGAAAAAAAUAAUACAUCUUUUUAAAGUCCAGGGCUGGUCUGAAUCGUACCUUAACAGAGUGACACGCUAAGCCCUAAACGACAAACCAAGGUUACAGAUAAAAGGCCAACUUUUAAGAGAAAGCACAAUUGCAUGGUUUGUAACUACUCGAGUUAAGGGGUUUUUGCGAAUCCAUCAGCCAGCAGUUCAGGCAAGUUGGUUGCUCGGAGGAUGAAGGUGGUGUAAGCAGGAAGGGAAAGAGUCGCACGCGUGUUCUGCUCGCCACAUGGAAGAAGUUUUGUGAGAGCUGCAAAUUUGUACAUGCAAAAUGCUUCUCUUUCAUUCAGGUCCAUAGAUUUGGGAUCCGUAUUCCACUAAUCUGCCCACAAAAGCCGAAUUGUUGGAAAGAUUUAUUGCUCCUGUGUGAACUUAUUUUAAGUUUUUCAUCCCAAAUGUUGUUGUGCUGCAUUUAAUGAAGACGUGAAGCCAGGUUUCAAGAGGUGUGGACUUCAAACUCCCAGAAUUCCCCAGCUGGUGUGCUAUUUAAGAUGUGUGGACCCAGCAAUUCUCCACUGGGGAAUUCUGGGAGUUGAAGUCCUUCCCUUCUUAACGUGGCCAAGGUUGAAAAAUUCUGCUUUAUGUGGUUUCAAACACAGUUUUUAAGAUUUGCUCCAGCAACUGCGGUCUGUAGGUCUGAAAGGAUCCUUUAAAAAUAGGGGAUUCUUUCGAAGUGAGGAGCAAUACAGACCUUGCUAGAGAAGAUCUCCCCAAGGCUUAAGAAAUCUGGGCCUUCUGUUGAGAGCAACAGUGGAUCCCAGAGAGAUCCUGGCAGGUAAGGAAGUCCCGCUGGAACCACAUGUAAUCUGCCCACUUUACCUUCCAGCGCACAGGAGCCAUUUUGCAUCCAAUGAUGCAGCUGGUGCACAGGCCAAUUGGGGGGCUGUGCUGGCAGACCCCAUUUGCAUGACGUCUGAUCUAACUGCCCCCCUUUUUAGAUCCGCUAUGAUUUUUUAGACCCACCAAAUCUCAUGUCCUCCCAGCCCUUUAAAAACCCUUGUAGUAACC